AUGACAAAACAAGAACAUGAACCAGUUCAGGCUCGCGAGGAAGGCCACGAGGCUGCCAACGCUACCUCGUCCUCCCCCGUACCCCCUCCACCUGACGGCGGAUUUCAUGCCUGGGCGCAGGUUGUCUCUGGUCACUUGGUUGUGGCUCUGACCUGGGGCUAUGCGGCCAGUUUCGGCGUAUUCCAAAGCCACUAUGAAUCUACGCUGCCUCAGAGCCCGUCCGACAUCUCUUGGAUUGGUGGUUUCCAGGUAUUCUGCCUCUUGUUCAUCUCCACACUAUCCGGUCGAGCAACAGACGCUGGAAUGGCACGACCAGUGGUCGCUGCCGGCGCAGUUCUGCUGGUUCUUGGUACCUUCAUGACUAGUUUGGCCACCGAGUAUUGGCAGAUUUUCCUGGCCCAGGGGCUCUGCAUUGGCCUUGGUCAGGGUCUCAUGUGGCUGCCCAGUGUGACGCUGAUUUCGACUUAUUUUAUGCGUUGGCGUGUUUUUGCCGUGACGACCGCUGCCACUGGUACAAGUACAGGAGGAAUUAUCUUUCCGGCAAUGAUUCAGUACCUGAUCCCUCAGAUCGGAUUUCCAUGGGCAGUGCGGUGCAUGGGGUUUGUCGUGCUUGCCAUGGCAGCAGUAACCCUCGCCCUACUUCGUCCCCGACUGCCACCGCGAAAGUCGGGGCCAUUGGUUGAGUGGAGUGCGUUCAAGGAGCCUGCCUACCUGCUGUUCACCUUUGGGGUAUUCCUUCUAUACUGGACCCUUUAUUUUGCCUUCUUCUAUAUCCAAGUCUAUGCAAUUGAAGUAUUGGGAAUCUCCCAAGAAGCCGGUGCUACGUUGAUUAUCAUCACUAACGCGCUCGGAAUCCCCGUCCGCGCGCCUCUUGGGUACCUGGCGGAUCGCUACAUCGGCCCACUCAACUGUCUCAUUCCCUGCGUGGCUCUCUGUGGCGUUCUUAUAUUUGCCUGGGCCGCCGUACACACCGUGGCCGAGCUAUACGUCUUUGCGGUGUUUUAUGGACUAGCAUCGGCGGCAGCAAUGGCCUUGUUUGUGGGAACCGUCCCUUCGCUGACAAAGGACCUUGACAAAAUUGGCACGCGAGUCGGGAUGGCGCUUACCAUGAUCAGCUUUGGCCCAUUGACUGGUCCCUCUGUGGCGGGAACGUUGAUCGCACGCACCGGAGGGAAAUACCUGGCUGCGCAGAUGUGGGCAGGAGCGGCCUUGAUCGUAUCGGUCUUCGCUCUGGUGGGAGCACGACUCAUAAUCUCGGGACCACAACUACGGGCAAAGCUUUGA